CAGGAAAUAAAACUAUUCACUGCUAUUUAAUACAAAAAGCCUAAUCUUUCAGCAAAUAUUAACAGCUCUUUAUGUUUUAUUUCUGCUUUUCUCAUUUCCUCUACCGACAAGAGGGUAUCGAAAGUGACAGCUGGUAAGAAAUUUCGCAUCCAAUCAAAUGAUCCGUAACAAAUAUUUUGCAUAAUAAGGUCGAGGUAUUUGGGAACGACGACUGGCGGCUUGAUCAAAGAAGUGUUUCCCCUUUUUGUACCGUUAUUUGAAAGAUCCAAGAUGUCUGAUGAUACAGAACAGUUGGAACCACAGUCAGCAAGACCCGAAGAAGCAGAAGAAGCACAGUCUAGUAAACCAACAUUUAACCAUCAAUAUGAAGAAAUACAUGGAGAUACGACGCCUGACCAAUCAGAGAACAGUUUAUCCUGUCUUGUACCAAAACGCUACAUUGUUGCCUUUAUGGCUUUCUUAGGUUUUGCUAAUACAUAUGCUUUACGAGUGAAUUUGAGCGUAGCUAUUGUUGCCAUGACUAAUAAUAAAACAAUUCAUAUUAAUAACACUUAUACAGUCGUAAAGCCGCCUGAUUAUGAUUGGGAUUUAGAAUUACAAGGACAUAUUCUAUCUUCAUUCUUCUGGGGUUAUAUUAUUACACAAUUACCUGGAGGAUUUUUAGCCAAUCAUUAUGGAGGUAAAUAUUUUUUUGGAGGAGGAAUAUUUAUUACAGCUGUAUUAGCAUUAUUGACACCAUUAUUUGUAACAUGGAGUGUAUAUUUACUGAUAUCUGUUAGAGUACUACAAGGUUUUUGUGAGGGAGUAACCUAUCCAGCUAUACAUGCUAUAUGGUCAAAAUGGGCUCCACCACAGGAAAAGACUAAAUUGGCAUUAUUUGCAUUUUCAGGUUCAUAUAUAGGAACAGUAGUAGCAUUACCAAUAUCAGGUGCUUUAGGUAGAAGUGCAGCAGGAUGGCCUUCCAUUUUCUAUGUAUUUGGAAGUCUUGCUGUUCUAUGGUUUAUGGUUUGGUGUAUUAUAAUAACAGAAAGUCCAGCUAAACAUCAGAGUAUAACUAAUGCUGAAUUAGAAUAUAUUCAACAAAAUAUAGGUUAUACUGAUGAACAAACCAAGAGAAUCCACCCACCAUGGUCGCAACUUCUGACAUCACUUCCUGUUUGGGCGCUGGUUGCAGCCCAUUUUGCUGAGAAUUGGGGGUUUUACACCUGGUUAGCUGAACUUCCGACCUUCAUGAAUAAUGUUCUUAGAUUCAAUAUUGAAAGUAGUGGUUUCCUCUCAGCAUUACCAUAUUUAGUUAUGGGUUUUGUAGUUAUAUUUUGUGGACAACUAGCAGACAUGUUAAGAAAUACUUUUGGUGUUUCAACAACCAUAGUUAGAAAGCUCUUCACAUGUGGAGCAUUUGCCAUCCAGGCAGUGUUUAUGAUAACUGCUGGUUAUCUGUUGACUCCUGUAGCUGCUAUAACAUGUCUAACAAUAGCUGUAGGUUUAGGUGGAUUCGCCUGGGCUGGAAUAGGCGUCAACCAUCUUGAUAUAGCACCACAGUAUGCUAGUAUAUUGAUGGGAUUAUCUAAUACAUUCGCUACACUACCAGGAAUAGUCAGUCCUAGUCUAACAGGUGUUAUAGUUCAAGAGGGAGGAACAGACAAAUGGAGGAUAGUAUUUUAUCUAGCUGCCAGUAUAUAUGGUUUAGGCGGUGUAAUAUUUGGAGUCUUCGGUUCUGGAGACCGGCAAAAAUGGGCGGAGAUACCUCUUGGCUAUCAACCUCAUCUCGAUGACCCUGAGCGUGACUAGAUUAUUUUUGAGGAUAUAUGGAAAGGUUUUCAAGUUGUUCGUAAUAGGUUUACAUUAUUUUAAGGAUGAAUUUGUGAUAAACAACCUUGAAUACAACGUUGAUGGUAUUUCACUUGUACUCUAAUAUUCAUGUCUUUUGACUGCUGUUGAUUUUUGUGUCUAGAAACUGUAGAAAAUCCACAGAUAAAUCAACUUUUCAUUUCAUAUUCUUUCUCCCUUUAACUCAGUUGUUACCAAUACAUGGUCCAUGUAUUUGAAUACUCAGUCUAAUUCAAGUUAGAUUGUAUUUAAGUUUCUUUUUAUAUUUGUUUGUUUGUAUUUGCACUACAAUAAGGUGUAACAACAUCUUUAACUAGAACUGCGAAGCAGUAAUGACGGGUUUCACCGGUGCCACGUUACCCUUGAACUUAUGUCACUUCCGGUACCAAUGAAACCGUUAAACAGGUUUCCACAUAAGCAUUGCACACAUGAAAUAAAAUGGACGCAGAAACAACCAA